GUGAGAGAGCUGAGAGCCAGGACUCAGUGCUGAGCUUGGUGUCCCACCGCCACAAGGAGGCAGGGAAGAAACCCACUAGUCCCAGCUCCUGGGGUGGCACAGGCCAUUGCAACUGGCCCUGCCUGUGGGUCCUAAGGGCCCUUGGCCACAGGAGGCUAAGAACACUGCUCAUGAAUGACAGCAAGCCCUGAAAGUUCUGGGAGUUUCACCCAGUCCCACAAACCUGCAUCCCCUGCAGUGGAGAUGGGCUCAGCUCCUGGACGUGCCACAGACAGAAAGCAUAACACACGCUCGCCAGGAAGAGCCUUUGCCUGACUCAGGGCAGCUCAGAGUGUGGGGCAGCAGGUGACCAGCCAGCUCAGGGCAGGAGAUGCAGAGCACAGCCAAUUACCUGUGGCACACAGACGACCUGCUGGGGCAGGGGGCCACUGCCAGUGUGUACAAGGCCCGCAACAAGAAAUCCGGGGAGCUGGUUGCUGUGAAGGUCUUCAACACCACCAGCUACCUGCGGCCCCGUGAGGUGCAGGUGAGGGAGUUUGAGGUCCUGCGGAAGCUGAACCACCAGAACAUCAUCAAGCUCUUUGCGGUGGAGGAGACGGGGGGCAGCCGGCAGAAGGUACUGGUGAUGGAGUACUGCUCCAGUGGGAGCCUGCUGAGCGUGCUGGAGAGCCCCGAGAACGCCUUUGGGCUGCCAGAGGAUGAGUUCCUCGUGGUGCUGCGCUGUGUGGUGGCCGGCAUGAACCACCUGCGGGAGAACGGCAUCGUGCAUCGCGACAUCAAGCCUGGGAACAUCAUGCGCCUCGUGGGGGAGGAGGGGCAGAGCAUCUACAAGCUGACAGACUUCGGGGCUGCCCGGGAGCUGGAUGAUGACGAGAAGUUUGUCUCAGUGGUUCUGUCUCUCCCCUGUACCCCAACCAGAAGAAUGCAUUCUGUUCUCUAAGACAGAAAAGCACCCCGACAUGUAUGAGCGGGCGGUGCUUCGAAAGCCCCAGCAAAAAGCGUUCGGGGUGACUGUGGAUCUCUGGAGCAUUGGAGUGACCUUGUACCAUGCAGCCACUGGCAGCCUGCCCUUCAUCCCCUUUGGUGGGCCACGGCGGAACAAGGAGAUCAUGUACCGGAUCACCACGGAAAAGCCAGCUGGGGCCAUUGCAGGUGCCCAGAGGCGGGAGAAUGGGCCCCUGGAGUGGAGCUACACCCUCCCCAUCACCUGCCAGCUGUCACCGGGGCUGCAGAGCCAGCUGGUGCCCAUCCUGGCCAACAUCCUGGAGGUGGAGCAGGCCAAGUGCUGGGGCUUCGACCAGUUCUUUGCGGAGACCAGUGACAUCCUGCAGCGAGUUGUCAUCCAUGUCUUCUCCCUGUCCCAGGCAGUCCUGCACCACGUCUACAUCCAUGCCCACAACACGAUAGCCAUUUUCCAGGAGGCUGUGCAUAAGCAGACCAGUGUGGCCCCCCGACACCAGGAGUACCUCUUUGAGGGUCACCUCUGUGUCCUUGAGCCCAGCAUCUCAGCACAGCACAUCGCCCACACGACAGCAAGCAGCCCCCUGACCCUCUUCAGCACAGCCAUCCCCAAGGGACUGGCCUUCAGGGACCCUGCUCUGGACGUCCCCAAGUUCGUCCCCAAAGUGGACCUGCAGGCGGAUUACAACACGGCCAAGGGUGUGUUGGGCGCUGGCUACCAGGCCCUGCGGCUGGCGCGGGUCCUGCUGGAUGGGCAGGAGCUAAUGUUGCGGGGGCUGCACUGGGUCAUGGAGGUGCUCCAGGCCACAUGCAGACGGACUCUGGAGGUGGCGAGGACAUCCCUCCUCUACCUCAGCAGCAGCCUGGGGACCGAGAGGUCCAGCAGCGUGGCUGGAACACCUGAGAUCCAGGAACUGAAGGUGGCCGCAGAAUUGAGGUCCAGGCUGCGGACUCUAGCUGAAGUCCUCUCCAGAUGCUCCCAAAAUAUCACGGAGACCCAGGAGAGUCUCAGCAGCCUGAGCCAGGAGCUGGUGAAGAGCCGGGAUCAGAGUGCUAGGGCCUGGGGGAGUGGAGGAGAUCCAGCAAUGAACAAGAACCCCCCGCCCUGCACUGCCCCAGACACCAGCCGGGAGGAGAAAAUGAUCUGGGGUCCUGCUCCCAUCUGGGAGUUUGAGGAGCGCCUUGGGAAUCUUAGCAGCAUCCAGCAGAUUCAGUGCUGUUUGGACAAGAUGAACUUCAUCUACAAACAGUUCAAGAAGUCUAGGAUGAGGCCAGGGCUUGGCUACAAUGAGGAACAGAUUCACAAGCUGGAUAAGAUGAAUUUCAGCCAUUUAGCCAAAAGGCUCCUGCAGGUGUUCCAGGAGGAGUGCGUGCAGAAGUAUCAAGCAUCCCUAGUCACGCACGGCAAAAGGAUGAGGGUGGUGCAUGAGACCAGGAACCACCUGCGCCUGGUCGGCUGUUCCGUGGCCGCCUGUAACACAGAAGCCCAGGGGGUCCAGGAGAGUCUCAGCAAGAUCCUGGAAGAGCUAUCUCACCAGCUUCUUCAGGACCGAGCAAAGGGAGCUCAGGCCUCCCCACCUCCCAUAGCUCCUUACCCCAGCCCUACACCAAAGGACCUGCUUCUCCACAUGCAAGAGCUCUGCGAGGGGAUGAAGCUGCUGGCGUCUGACCUCCUGGAUAACAACCGCAUCAUUGAGCGGCUAAAUAGAGUCCCAGCAGCUCCUGAUGUCUGAGCUCCAUGGGGCGCAUGAGGCAUCCUGAAGCAUUAGAAUGAUUCCAACACUGCUCUCCUGCACCGUGAGACCAACCCAGGGCAAGAUCCCAUUCCAUCACAUCAGCCUACCUCCCUCCUGGCUGCUGGCCGGGAUGUCGCCAGCAUUACCUUCCACUGCCUUUCUCCUUGGGAAGCAGCACAGCUGAGCCUGGGCACCAGGCCACCUCUGUUGGGACCCACAGGAAAGAGUGUGGCAGCCACUGCCUGGGCUGACCUUUCCAUCUUCUCCAGGCUCAGGUACUGCUCCUCCGUGCCCCUGGCUGGGCUGUUGGGAGAAGAGGCUUCCAUAUGCCCUCCCACUCCCUCUGGUUUACAGGACUUCACUCCCUAGCCAACAGGAGAGGAGGCCUCCUGGGGUUUCCCCAGCGCACUAGGUCAAACGACCUCAUCACAGUCUUCCUUCCUCUUCAAGCAUUUCAUGUUGAACACAGCUCUCUCUGCUCCCCUGUGAUUUCUAAGGGCCACCACUCUCAGCCCCAGGCAAUGUAGAGCCUCCUGUUCUUUCUAUGCUUGGUCUGACUGAGCCUAAAGUUGAGAAAAUGGGUGGCCAAGGCCAGUGCCAGUGUCUUGGGGCCCCUUUGCCUCUCCCUCACUCUCUGAGGCUCCGGCUGGUCCUGGGACAUGCAGCCAGGCCUGUGAGUCUGGGCAGGUCCAAGGCCUGCACCUUCAAGAAGUGGAAUAAAUGUGGCCUUCAUUUCUGUUU